AUGUCCAGCCUCAUAAAGAACGUCAUCAUCCUAGGAGCAUCCGGUUCCGUCGGCGCACCCAUACUGGACGCACUCCUCGUGGAACCCUUCUUCAACGUCACCAUCGUUAGCCGUGCAUCCUCAUCAGCCUCGUUUCCCUCUCACGUCCCCAUCAUCAAGAUCUCGGACGCCUUCACGACUGAGGAGCUUACGGAAGCCUUCACGGGCCAGGACGCAGUCGUAGUCGCAUUAUCCACCAGCCCAGUCACAGCAGGUGGGAAAGAUGGCCUAGCAUUCCGACUCAUCGACGCUGCAUUUGCAGCAGGUGUAAAACGGUUCAUUCCCAGCGAAUCCGGCGCCAAUAACCUCGAUCCCCGGGCUCGCGCCCUCGUCCCGACAUACGACCGUAAGGGUGAGAUGCUGAAGUACCUAAUCAAGAGAUGCGACGAUAGCCACGGCAAGACGACAUGGAGCAGCAUUUGUUGCGGCAGUUGGCUGGACUGGGCACUCGAUCCAUCCAAGUCUGGCAACUUCCUCGGCGUUGAUGUGAAGGGGAGGAAGGCGACGGUGUACGAUUCUGGAAGUAAGCGCUUUGCCGUUACAAGUAGCAAGAACACUGGUCUUGCAGUUGCGAGAGCUUUGCUCCACCCUGACGUGACCGCAAACAAGCAGAUAUUCUUAUGUGACUUCUCUGUCAGCACCAGGCAGAUCAUAGAAGCACUGGAAUUGGAGACGAACGCGGAGUUCUACAUUGAGGAGAAGCAGAGUAGUCCGGAGAUCAAGCAGCUUCGAGAGCAAUUCGAUGCAGGAGAUCUCAACGCAACGUUUCGGUUGUUGGCACUCAGUUUCGGGGCUGAUGUAGAUGUCGGAUAUGACUUCGAAGCUGAACAAGAGGUCUGGAACAGCAGGCUAGGGCUUCCCAAGGUGACACUAGAAGAAGUGGUUCGCGAGGCUGUCGAGUUGGCUGCUCGCUCUUAG